GUCUGUCUGUAAUGCUGGGGUUGGAAAAAAAAUAAAAACAUUUCAGGGGUAGCACACACUUGUGAAACUAGGUCGGUCCAUGUGUGACUGGCUAAUCUGGUGUUUACAUAAUUAUUUCAGACAUGUAUAUUAUUUGUCUGAGGUAACCUUGUCGCUUUGUCGUUUAUGUUUUUGCACGUCUAUGGGUAACGUUUUGAAUUAAAUAAAGAUCAUUAUUUAUAUGUGGAUCAUUUCUAUAGAAUUGACGUUAACAGAAUCUGUCCAAAAACGUCUUGUGUUGUAGUAGAUAUUUUUAAAGCCUGUUCUAUAUUGUCAGUUGCUGGCAUCAUCUUUAGUCAAUUGGUCGGACAGACCAAACCAAUGGCAAACCGGGAGAUUUAGGAGGAAAGGAAGGUGCAACGCCAACUGCAGGAUUCUGUCAGAAACCGCUUCGAUCCGGUUUCUUGUGUUGGGUUGGAUCCUAUAAAACGCGCCACGCUUGCAGCAGCCUUUGAGUAACAGCAGGAGCGCGUGUUGAGAGAGGCAUUGUUGACUGGGCGCGCGAUUUUCUUGCUAUAGGGGGUGUAGAGAUUUAAGUAACAAAGGCAAAUACCAUAGCGUCAUCGUGCAGUGUAAGCGACAGCCAUUUAUUCUAAAAGAAGCAGGGUAUUUGUUGAAGGGAAGCUCGUUUGCUUGAACAGUUAGUUCUAUAGAGUGGCUCUAGAGUAAACAAAGCAGGUGAGCCAGUGAGUAUAGGGUACGGGUACUAGUGCCACUAAAGAACAAGGAUUCUCCGCGGCUACCCCCGGCUUCUGACAUAAUGUGCAACCGACUUUGGUUCAUCACCGACCGCAGGAUUGUGGAGGAGUACCCGCAGCAAGAAAUCCACAGGGCUCUGCAAACUCGCUGCAGCGAUGAAGAUAUCGAAUUCAGACGGGUUUUAAUGGACGAGAUCGUGAUUACUAUCGAACAGGGGCUUUUGGGUCUGCGCGUCAAUGGGGAAUUGGUGUCCUCCUACCCCCAGGUGGCAGUAGUGAGAGUUCCCACCCCCUGGAUUCAGAGUGACAGUGACAUCACCGUGCUGAGACACCUGGAGAAGAUGGGUUGUCGCCUCAUGAACAGGCCGCAGGCCGUGCUGAACUGUGUCAACAAGUUCUGGACCUUCCAAGAGCUGGCUGGGCAUGGAGUCCCACUGCCAGACACCUUCUCCUAUGGCGGUCACGAAAACUUUGCUAAGAUGAUUGACGAGGCAGAAGCAUUGGAAUUCCCCUUAGUCGUGAAAAACACACGAGGACACAGAGGCAAAGCUGUCUUCCUGGCUCGUGACAAGCCUCACCUGUCAGACCUGACUCACCUGAUCCGUCACGACGCCCCUUACCUGUUCCAGCAAUACGUGCAAGAGAGCCACGGGCGGGAUGUGCGUGUCAUCGUGGUGGGGGGGCGGGUAGUGGGCACCAUGCUGCGCUGCGCCACCGAUGGGAGAAUGCAGAGCAACUGUUCUCUUGGUGGUGUUGGCAUGAUGUGCUCGCUGAGUGAGCAAGGCAAGCAGCUGGCUGUCCAAGCCUCCAACAUCCUGGGAAUGGACGUCUGUGGCAUCGACCUUCUGACCAAAUCAGACGGCUCCUUCAUGGUGUGUGAGGCAAAUGCCAAUGUGGGCUUCAUCGCCUUCGACCGGGUCUGUGGACUGGACGUGGCCGGGGUCAUUGGCGAUUAUGCUCUGUCACUGCUGCCCUGCAGGGGCCUGCUGACCAGACGCAUGUCCCUGCUCUCCGUGGUGUCCAGCACUAGCAGCGAGGUCAGUGAGGAGGCAGAUGCCCCAGGACCUGUCCUUCCUGGGGACAGGCUGUCCAACACAUCCCUGGACAGCAACGAAGAACAGCAACUGCAACAAGCUAGCUUUAAUAUCAAUAACAUCAAUCAGCUCAACCUCCUGGUGGAAUAAUGCAGCAUGAAGUUAAAGAACUGGCAACUCCCCUGGCUUGACCCUGAUACCAUACAAGAACCAGAUCAAUUGGAAAAACACAUUUCACUAGUGUUCCGCAACCAUAACUACGCCUUGCCUUCGUUUGGAGCUGUAUGAGAUACCUCAAGCUCAAAACUAAGCCAUUGAAUAUCAAUCGGAGCUAUUCUUAGAUUUGCUAUUGAGCCUGUUUGUCCUAUACCAGUUUAGACUUGGAGUUCAACUUUGGAAUGGCUCAGCAAUAGGAUUCUAAUCCUUGUAAAAACCCAGUUCAGACUAGCACCUCAGUUAUUUGAUUGUUUCGCUACUUUAUAAUUUGGCAUGCUGUCCAUAUUGGUUUGCUAUUGAAAAUUAAAUUCCCUUUUGUGAUCUAGCCAUAUUUACCAGUCAUUGGGUAGGGUCCUGUCUUUUUGGCGCUUAGCACUGAGGUUCUUUUCUCUUAUGGGAGCUAGACAACACAUCUGUUUUAAGGAAUCUUCUUUUUUUUUUUUUUUUUUUAAAUGGAAAUGCAUUGUAUAAAGAGCCUAGAUUUUGUGUAGUUUUAAACCUUGAGGUUUAAGGGGUGGUUGUGUCGAUAUGUUGGUUAAUUUUCAAUGCAGUUAAGGUUUGUGAUUUGUAUGACACUUCCCAACCUCAGUUGUCGCAAUAACACAGCAGCUUCACACACAAAGGUAAAUAUAUCCAUGGAAUGGCUAGUUAUGUUGUGUAAUAUGAUUCUAAUUUUUAUAGCAUUAAUGCAUUAUAAAAACUAUAGAACUGGCUACACCCUUGUUGACAGUACCUGAAGGUACUGGAGGACACGAGUGACCAGGUCCCUUAAACUUCCCAGAUCAGACCUUGAGGGGGUGUUCUGCAGGCAAGAGCUGCAGACUGGCAAGUUAGUUCAUCUGUAACAUUAAAUGCUUUGCCUAAUGUAUGAUCACCAAUCGUGGUGUGGUUUUUUUUUUUUUUUUUUUUUU